AUGUGGCACAGAAUUCUAAAUACAUCAUCAACGUCAACUCUCGUAUCAUCAAAACACUCUGAAUCAAUCGAUAAAUCAGAGAGCAGUAAACCAAUGUUAAAGAAGGCUAUUUCCAUGGACUCUCUACAUAAAAAACCUGUAUAUUUAAAGAAGAGAAAUGGUAGUCUUGACACAAAUGGUUUCGGUCAAAGUUAUUGGUUUACAAACGAAAAGAAGUCCCCCACAAGUGAACACUCGACAAGUUCACAGGAUGAGACUUAUGUGGUCGCUUUGAUUGGUAAACCGUCCGUUGGUAAAUCAACAAUUGUGCGGACAGGUUUGAAUAACUUGGCACCAAUAACAAAUGUCGGCAGAGAAACAAAUAUUUUACAUGCUCCAACAUUAAUAACAGAAAUUGAUGUCGAUGACCAUGCGUAUCCUGUUGAAGUGUUAGAAGUUCAAGAGAGUGUUUUCGACAUGAAAGCUCCUCCCGUUCGAUGGCCAAAAGACCUUCCCGAGAUUGAUGGGAUUCUGGUUUGCUAUGACGUCACAUCACGUGCGUCGAUAUCGAACAUAGAAUGGCUUCUGAAUGCUUUCAGAGAGUUUCAAAUCCCAACAAUAUUGGUCGCUUGCAAAGCAGACUGUGAAUCAUCAAAACGACAAGUCGAUACAUCAUUCGGCCCAACCCUUGGUGAUCUAUUUAACGUUGGUUUCAUUGAAUUGGACACAAGAUCGGAUGCCGGAAUACAGAAAAUUCAUGACGUAUUCUCAAUGUUACUAAGAUUAUCGAUACGGCAUCGAGAAUUCUUUCGACAAGGUCACGUUAAAGGAGCCGACUCGUCAUCAGAUUCAUUAUUUUUACACAGCGUAAGCAGUGAUGCUGAAUCGGAAAAGGCAGCACUAAGUCACAGAAGAACGUCAAGUGACUUAAGUCAUGAGUCAAGGGGACGAAGAAAGUUUUCAAAUUUAUCGGCGGUACGAUUUAUGGGAAAUCGAUAUGGUAGUCGCUUCGGAACUGCUAAAGUUUAUUCGCGAAAAUCGCGAUCCCCCUUAAACAGGCUAAGUAGUGAUGAUGAAGGUGGAUCUCUUUCUCGUUCACUUCCUCGUUCUAUACCAAUUUCCGAAGUUUCUAAACAUUUUUCAUCUAUAGUAAUAACUCCGCCGCAAACGCCCCCGACACAUUCAAUCUUAUCUCAAGUUUCUCUACCUCCAGCUCCUGCAUCUCCAAUUAAACCUCACCACCCCGAAAGGAAUUCUUAUCGACGAUCCAUUUUACCUUCAUCGAACCUACUGCAAGUUAUGGAGGUGGAAGAAGAAAGGGAUAUUGUCUCUGUGAAAUCCGCAAAUAGUAGAAUUUCAUCUGCAAGUUAUGAUUCUACUUUAAGUUCGAUCAGUGGAAGGAGUGAUAAUUCUUUAAAUUUGGAAGGUUUCUUUAUCAACGAUAUUUUAGAUAAGGGACCAAACAAGUGCACUGGAAAUCGUACGGAUGGUAUGACAAUCGACGAAUUGAUUCAUCGAUUAACUGUUGGAGGUCAAUACGGUACUACAUAUGAUGAUCCAUUUACGAUCACCUUCUUUGUUAUUUACCGAACCUUCAUGAGACCUCGAGAUGUUUUGGUCAAGUUGAUUCAAAGAUUUUAUGAAUGUGAAAAAGAUAUUAGGGAUAAUCGAAAUACAACUCAUGAAAAAAUAUGUAACUUGUUGUUUACUUGGAUAACUCAACAUCCAAAUGACAUGAUUCAUCCUCAUACACGGAAGAUGUUGCGUCAGUUAUUUGGCAAAAUUACAACAUGCUCUCAUCUUUCGUAUUAUGCUGUCAUUCUUGACCCCUUAGUUAAUGGAACAGUACCUGAAGAAGAUCCUGACUCUAUAUGGGGAUUUAGCGAUGUUGAUGAUGAAGAGCUUGCCAGGGAAGAGGAAGUAAAGUGUAACGGAGACACCAAUAAACCGUCCUCUAAAAAAGACAGUGGUAUUGGUAGCUUGUUCAGUGACAAUCCGGACGAUUAUCAAUCGGAGUUAACCGCAUCAUACCUUGGACAUCCUUGUCGGCCGAGUCUUUCAAAACACCGAAAAGCUUCUUUAAUCAUUGUAAAUAAUGGAUCGUCCGGAAGGCCGAUAUGUCAGUUACCUUUCGAAGAAUUUCCUGAAAAGACGAUUGCAAAUGAACUAACCUAUCAAGAGUUUCAACUUUUCAAAAAAAUUACGGCGAGAGACUUGUUGAGACAUAUUUGGUCGCCACAAGGAAGUCCACAGCGUGAAAAUGGUAGAGUUGCUCAAUCCAUUAAACAUUUCAAUUUCAUUUCAAAUUGGGUUUCUACAAUGAUUUUAUCUCAAGAAAAAUUGAAAUAUCGCGCUUCGAUGCUGAAAAAGUUCAUGAAAGUUGCAGUGAUUGUUCGAGAAUCUAAUAACUAUAAUACUUUGAUGGCAAUUAUUGCUGCGAUCAAUUCUGCGCCAAUCUCACGACUUCGUCGUACACGCGAAAUUAUAAAAGGAAAGUCGACAUAUAAAAAAUUUCAUAAUCUGGAAGUUUUAAUGUCAACGGACAAGUCCUUUGGUAAUUAUCGAAUGGCAUUGAAGGCACCUUCAAGGGGGAAUGACGAACUAUUAGGGAUACCUUAUCUCGGUAUUCAUUUACAGGACUUAUUGUCUAUCGGAGAGGGGAAUAGGAAUUUUCAGGAAGAUGGCAGAAUUCAUUGGAACAAGUUCUCUCUCAUGGGUAGUGUCAUCAACAUGAUCCGAAAGUUUCAAAAGAAAUCUUAUGAUAUUAAGAACAAUAAAUUCAUUGAAAAGUUUAUUGCCGAUACAUUGGUGAUGAGCGAUGAUGACCUAUAUAAUAGGUCAUUGGAUCUUGAACCUCGAAUUCAAAGGUCUUCUAGUACAAGUAGAGUACGAAGGUAG